AUGUUUUCAGCAGCACGACAGACUGCCCUGCGGCAAGCCCGCUCGUCAUGUAUGCGCCCUAGAGUCACGGCACCACUCUCGCGCGAUGCCGCCCUCGCUCGCCUGCUCUCGACCCUGGCCGUCCUGGAACAAAGAGAGGGAAAGCUGAACAUGUCAUCGCUUGCCGCUGUGAGCGCUGCCAUGAAGCUUGGUGGCUCCGUCACUGGUUUCGUCGCUGGAUCAAACGUCAAGGCUGUCGCCGAAGAGGCUGCAAAGGUCGAGGGCCUUGAGAAGGUCAUCUACGUCGACAAUGCCUCGUAUGACAAGAAUUUCGCUCCCCUACUCGUCGAGAACAUCAAGAAAGGCGGCUUCACUCAUGUCCUUGCCGGCCACUCUGCAUUCGGCAAGAACUUGAUGCCUCGCGUCGCCGCCCUGCUCGACGUCCAGCAAAUCUCAGACAUUACAAACAUCGAGUCAGAAGAUACCUUCGUCCGUCCCAUCUACGCCGGCAACGCCAUCCUUACCGUUCAAACCGCCGAUAGCCCCAAGGUCGUUACCGUCCGUGGUACUGCUUUCCCCUCGGGUGCCGCAGAGGGCGGUAGCGCUUCCGUCGAGGAGGGUGUCGACCCCAAGGCCGAGUGCCCUACCCAGUGGAUCAGCGAAGACCUCGCUACCUCGGACCGCCCUGACCUCGCCACUGCCGAGAAGGUCGUCUCCGGUGGUCGCGGUCUCAAGUCCAAGGAGGAGUUUGACCGCAUCAUGCCCCCGCUCGCUGAUGCACUCGGUGCCGCCAUUGGUGCCUCUCGUGCUGCCGUUGACAGUGGUUUCGCAGACAACAGUCUGCAGGUCGGUCAGACCGGCAAAAACGUCGCUCCCCAGCUCUACCUUUGUGCCGGUAUCAGUGGCGCCAUCCAGCAUCUUGCUGGUAUGAAGGACAGCAAGGUCAUCGCCGCCAUCAACAAGGACGCCGAUGCACCCAUCUUCCAGGUCGCCGACGUCGGUCUCGUUGGCGAUCUUUUCGAGAAGGUUCCCGAGCUCACCGAGAAGCUCAAGCAAUAA